GGAAAAUUUUCUGGCGAUCCAUGGGGACCGGAAGUGCUGAUGUCUGGGGACAGAGUUAGAUGCCGCACGCGGAAGCGGAAAUGGAUCGUGGUUGCGGCGGGAGAAUGUCCAGUGAAACAGAACCUGCUCCAGAUUAUGAGGAAAUGUUUGCUCACCGGUUCACGAUAGCUGAUGCAGAGUAUCAAGAAAUGGUGAAGAGUGUGGCUGAUCCUCCACCCAUUGUAGAGGACUGGAUGAGCCGGCCCAGUGGGAAUCGCAGGUCACAAGACUAUAGACCCUAUCGAGGGCGCAGUGACAAUCGCAAGUGGUCAAAUAAUCAACCGUGGCAAGGCAGAGAUUGCAACUACAAUCGAUCUGUGUCUUAUGAAUCGUACAGCCAAGGCACCAAUUCACACUGGAAGUCGAACCACCAUCCUUACUGACUCUGAAACAUGACUGAAUCAAUCAACUGUGUGAAAUGCCAUUAUAAUUAACAGCAGAUGGGAAAUAGAUUGUAACAGCCAAAUUUUACAAAAGCCCAUUUCAGCAUUAUUGCCAUUUGCGGAUUGGUAGUUUGGGGAAAGUUAAUAGUUUGUGUGUGGAAGCUUUGGGCAGUUCCUGGCACUGUGUAGUAAAACUUGCAUGUGGUCAAAGUGUGGUGUUCAAUUGUGUAAAACAUUGAAUGCUUUUAUUGGGCUGAUACUGAUUCCAGGAUGGGUCACCCCCUCUCCCCAUCACUGAACAUUGAUCAUAGAACAGGCCUCCCCCACCUCCUCCCCUGCAGCCAAUAUUUGUUCGUGUCCAGCAUGAGGGCAAGUACUGCUGCAGGUUGUUUGGUAACGGAGCUUGGUCCUUCCUCUCCUUGGCUGCUUAAUGGUGCAGCUGAACUGGAUUUAGAAUAUAUUCAGUGGUAAUCUCCACAUCACUGUGUUAUUCCACAUCGAUUCAGCUCAAUCCAUACCAAGACUCUCAGCUCCCUGUGAACUGCUGACAGCCAGAGAUCCAGUUAUACAAUGAAAGAGAAAAUGAGGCAGAGUGUUAAAUGACAAGAAGUGAGUCCCACAGAGAAGGUAUAGUGGAGCCUUAUGCAAUCUCGCAUUCCUGAUGUAAUGUGAUUCAAUUACCAAGGAUUAUGGCUGACCAACAACUAAUUUCCUUACUUGCAUAAAGAGAUAUUUAAUUACUUUUAACAAUGUUUCUUCCUGUUGUAGGUGGUUGUCGUUUUUGUUUAGAUUACAGUUAAUUUUAGCACUGACUGUGUGCAAGAUUUUGCAAUGCUGAGCUGUGCACCUGGCUGGUGGUUUUGAUGACCAAAAGUACGCCAGUUGAGUGCAAGUACACAGCCGCUAAUGGUCGCGAUAUCUCAAUGGUAUUCGCAACAAGGACAGAGGAAGCUUUUCGCUUCCUACCUGAAUGUUGGCAGUUUGACGUGGAGUGAGUAUCUGUCAUUGUCAGUGAGGGCAAUAAUCUAUCAGGUCUCUACCAGAUCAGGUUAACUUAGCACCAUUCUCCUUUGCCUUUGUCUCACCUUAUGUUUGGAAGCUCUCCCAGCAACAGGUAUUUGAAGAAGAUAGGGUAAAUUGAAAAACGUGUUCAAUUUGUUAAGUGUCUUUCAAAGUUGUCUGUAUGUUAGGAUUAUGUUUUUCUUCCAUGAGUUUAAUGUCACUUCACAAUGGGAUCCAGUGAUCCAGCCAAUACCAAGGAAACCAUGAGGUCGGUUAACCUUUAAAACUAAUGUUAUUAACUCAAAUUUCCAUUUCUGAACUUUGAACUUCACUCACAACAUUCCUGGUGAUCUAAGAGACUUCCUUGCUGUUUUCUGUUUUACCCCUAGAAAUUGAGUUCUGAGAUCAUCAGGUUCAUUGAGUUCUGAGAUCAUCAUAAAGUAACAAACUGCUGGAGGAACUCAGUGGGUCCAACAUCAUCUGUGGAGGGGAAAGAAUUGUAAACAUUUUGGGUCGAGGUCCUGAUGCAGGGUCUUGACCUGAAACGCUGACCAUUCCUCCUCCCACCCCCUACAGAUGCUGCUUGACCCACUGAGUUCCUCCAGCAGUUUGUUCUUUGCUCCAUUGCUCCAGAUUCCAGCAUCUGCAGUCUCUUGGAUCACCAGGAAUGUUGUGAGUGAAGUUCAAAGGCUGCAUUGUCAAUGGAACUUUGAGCUAAUAAGUUUAUUUUUAAAAGUUAACUGACCUCGUGCUUGCUUUAGUAUUGGCGGGAUCACCGGACUGUCCCAUUGUGAGGCGACAUUGAACUUUAUUUUGUACUGCCCCAUAUUAAAGAUAGGGUUUGGAUAACUUCAACUGCCUUCCCUCCCCAACUCCCCAUUGCUGAUUCCUGAUUAACCCCAUCGACAAGCACAGUGGAGACCAACUUACAACAACCCACACUCAGCCCGUCCAGAGGCAAAUGGUUAGUAUCAUACCAACUGGGACAUGGAUACUCAUAGACUUAGCGCGGACCCUGGAAGACUAGUUUACACUGAAUAUGGUUUAUAUCUUAUUUUUGUACACUUGUGUCUUUCAAAUAUGAUCAAAGAACAAAUAAAAAGGAGCAUUCCUUAAAGUAUGUUUAAUGCCUGAUACUAGCUGAUAUAUUCAUAACCUAGCUACAGAAUUUAGAAUUAUCACUGGUUAAUAAUAAAACAAGCUUC